AGAUGUGAGCACAAAAAGAGGACAGAGGAAGAUUUGAAGAGAAAGAGGGAGGGGCAAGGGGCGUAGGGAGAGGAUAAGUGAAUGCAAAGAUCUUUCAACUCUGCUUUGUUGAAGAUCGUUUAUUGUACAGAAUCAGCUAAGAAGGCUGAGUAUAGCACUGAAUCUGCAAAUUCAGGUGACUUGCUCUACGUUUCCGGCGAACAAUGCUUCGUUUCCGGUGAGUGGAGAUAAGAAUAAUAACCUUCUACCUACAACGGAUUUGUUAAUUCAAAAAUUGAAACAGAGAUGGAGAGAAAUAGAGAAGCUAGAAGAGUAAGUAUGGCCGCUGCCAAUGGUUUAGCGUCCAGAAGACGACAUAGGAGCGGCAGCCUAAGAGAUUCUCCAGAGGAUGAUGGGCCGGUGGAGUUGCAGGAAUCGGCGAGGCUAAGAGAUCGAGUGACUGGGAAAAAGGAUCGAGAUCGAGAUCGGGAUAGAGAGCGAGACCGGGACCGUGACAGAGAGAGGGACAGGGACAGGGACAGAGAUCGGAUAAUCAACAGAGGCAAGAGAAGAAGAGGAGACAGGUUGAUGCACGGGAGCAAUAGAGAAGAUGGGGGCGAUGAGAGCUCAGAGGAGAGUGUAAAUGAUGAUGAAGACGAUGAAGAUGAUGAUGGAGGUGGCGUAGGUAGCUCCAUGAGGAUGCCCCCACCGAAUCCUUCGUCCCUGUCUUCAUCUUCUAUGUCGAAUCAUCACCAUCGGAAAAGUUUCCCCCCGCCGGCCAAAGUUUUUAGAGCCGCGCCGGCGACGGCCUUGUGGAAGGCACCGGAUGAGAUGAUUGGGGUGUCGGUUCCUAGAAAAGCUCGGUCAGCCUCUACUAAGAGGUCCCAUGAAUGGGCUUCAAGUUGUGGAGUUGGUACUGAGCAAAUUCAUCGGCAAGCUUCCACGUCUCCGGUGAGAUCGAAUGGACCAAGCGUAGCAGCGAUGUUGGCCUCAGCGUCCGCGUCCCCAGCUCCAGUCUCGCCGUCUUCUUCUAAUGUUUCAGUUAAGAAGAAGAUGAAGCCUAAUGGGCCGAAGCAGAGACCGCCGAAAUCCUCUUCUAAGUUUACUUCCUCAGCACAGGAGGAUAUUGAAAUCGAGAUCGCUGAGGUGUUGUAUGGCUUGAUGAGGCAGCCUCAGGGACCUACAAAACAAGAAGUUGUUGCAAAUGAUUCGAUGAAGUUUGAUUCGAGGGAACUGAGCAACCAUAAGUCAACUGGUGAUGCAAAAUCCAGAGUUUCAUCUCCGAUCUCCAACUCACCUUCAACCAUACCUCAUUCAUCUUCAAUUCCUCCCACUAAUUCUAGCUCAUCUGCCACUCCCAUGUCUGCUAUUGCGCCAAAGAGAAAAAGGCCGCGACCAGUCAAGUACGAGGACGAGCCUCCAUCAGUUUAUCCUGUGCGGAGUAGUCCCAUUUCGUCGACAAUCAAGGGGGAUAUCGACCAGCCUCCCAAAAUCGAAAGUUGUUCUCCCAAUUUGGAUCAGAAUUCAGGAUCUGCAGCUGAAAAUGGCGUCGUUCCACAUGAUACCACAACCAGUCAAGCUGUUCCGGUUUCAACAGAUGCACAGCCGCAACAGCAGCAGCAGGAGCAAGUAAUGUCUGAGAGUAAUCUGUUGUUAGAGUCGAAACCUUCCGUGCAAGAUUCAGAGAAUACAGAUUUAGCUGUGAACAAAGAGGAGCCUCGAUCGCCGAAGAAGGAAUCUUCUCAUGCUGGCCUUAGAUUGGAUGAUGAUCGUGAGAGUCUGACAGCGACUAAAGCGAUUUCGACGGUUUCUGAUGUUGAAACCCAGCGAGAGGAGAAGUUCCAGAUAGAUCUGAUGGCUCCACCACCAGUAAGAUCAUCCCCAGAAAGAGACAGUGAGAUUGGCUUUGUGCCUGUAGAUCAUAAACCUAUAAUCACAGACGUCGAAACGGAAAUAAAACCGGCGGUUAAAGAAGAUGAUAAGUCUCUGAAAAUUGGAAAAGAUGUGUGUGUGGAACCAGAGGAGAAAAAGACAAAACUGGUAGCCGAAGAUGUUGAAUCGCAUAAACCAAAUGCUAGUAAAGAGAGGAAUAUUGAUCUGCAGCUUGAUUUGGAGAAAUCUGAUAGAGAUAGUGGCGUCGUUACCGGAAGUGGUAACAAGUUGCACCAUCAUGUUCAGAAACAACAGCAGCAGCAGCAACCAAACACCGAGAAAGCUGCUCAAUCAAGUUCUCUUCCUCUACCCAUGUCAAUGGCUAGUUGGCCGGGUGGGCUUCCUCACAUGGGAUAUAUGGCACCUCUACAAGGAGUUGUAUCCAUGGACGUGAGCACUGUAUCUUCUGCAGCUAUACAGCCUCCACAUUUGCUUUUUAGUCAACCAAGGCCGAAGAGGGGUGCAACGCAUUACUACAUUGCACGGAAUAUUCAUUAUCACCAGCAAUUUACAAGGAUGAAUCCUUUCUGGCCAGCGGCAGCUGGUUCUGCUUUACAAUUCGGGGCAAAGGCCUGCAACGUCAAUGUGGUCCCCUCAACAGAUUUGCAUGCUGGUAGGGGUAUGAACUCUGUGAAAGAAAAGGGUCAGGGUCUGGCCAUCUUUCCUGGUCACACUGGGAAGGAGAAAAGCUCUCAAACUUCGAACAUUGUAGACAAUGCACAGAGAAAGCAGAUUUUGCUUCAGCAACCUCUGCCACCAGGAGCACCUAGUAAUAUCUUGCACGGUCCUGCCUUCAUCUUCCCUUUGAACCAACAGCAGGCAGCUGCAGUCCGUCCUGGGUCAGUGAAGUCUCCUGUUGCGGGUAGCACAGUUUCAUCAAGUGCCUCUAAUUCUGCCUCGAUUAAUGCCACGACGACAGCUGUAGCUGGUGCCACAGCUAUGGGCUUCAACUACCCAAAUAUGUCUGGCAAUGAAACCCAGUUCUUGGCAAUUUUGCAGAACAGUACAUAUCCAAUUCCAAUUCCUGCACAUGUAGGGGGGGCGCCAACUUAUAGAGGAACCCCCCCUCAAGCAAUGCCUUUCUUCAAUAAUUCUUUCUAUUCUUCCCAAAUGAUCCAUCCUCAGCUUCAACAACAGCAGCCACCUAUCCCUUACUCUCAGCAAGGCCAACAGGUUCAUCAGAACCCAAGCAUUUCUAGUGGUUCCUCAUCAUCCCAGAAGCAUUUGCAGAACCAGCAGCAGAGGCCACAUGGCAGUGGCAUUAAUAGUGGUAGUGGAAAUUUGCAAGGCUUUCCCAACUCGAAAAACCAACCACCACAGUCGACUCAGAUUCAGCAGCGGCAGCAGAUGCAGAACCAGAAUGUCCCUUAUCAAGCUCGGCAACUUGACGGUGAAUUAGGCGGUGAAGAUAGCCCUUCCACUGCUGAUAGUCGAGUCUCUCGUGCAAACAUGAGUAUCUACGGUCAGAAUUUUGCAAUGCCUAUACAACCACCAAACUUCGCUUUGAUGACUCCACCAACAAUGGGUGGUGCCACUGCAAGUGGCAAUCCAGGUGAAAGGAAGCAGCAGCAACCACAACCACAGGGUUCAAGGGUUGGGAUUGAACCUUCUCAGGCUUUUGCCAUGCCCUUUGCCUCCAUUAAUGGAGCCACUACUGCUCCCAGCCUUGAUAUUUCGUCAAUUGCACAAAAUCAUGCUAUUCUUCCUAGUCUCCCAGAGGCUGCAAGGCAUGGAUAUCAUGUCAUGGCAGCUGCUGCAGUUGCCCAAGCGCAGCAGAAGAAGAAUUACCGUGCAGCUGAAGAAGGGAAAACCGGUGGAACUGAUGGUUCAAAUGUAGAAGAAGAGAGAAAGGUCAUACCAGGAGGAAAGGCUCAGGCAAAUGCUGGGCAAUCAAUUGCCUUUUCCCGGCCAGAUUUAACAGAUACAUCUGUUUCGACAAUUCCAGGCAAUACUGUGAUUGAUAGCUCAGCACGAACUCUUAACCUUGGUUCUGCUUCUGCUCGGGCCACUGGUUCUGUUAUGCCAGCCUCUAUCAGCACUGUAAAUACUUCUAAUAUGCAGCAGCAACUGCAGCGGAAUCAGCAGCAGCAGCAGCAGCAAAUGAUUCAACUUCAAAAGCAGCACCAAUUCCCAACUGCUUCUGCUCGAAGCAAAACACCGGCAACAAGUAAUGGAAUUGUGUACACAGAUCACAUUUCUUCGUCUUCCUCAAUGGCUGCCAAGUUCCCUAAUGCAUUAUCUGGAUUUCCUCCAAUUCUUGUCCAGAGCAACAGUAGUCCAGCUCAUUCUCCGCAGUGGAAGAAUUCUGUCAGGACCACCCCUUCCCAAGUUCCUUCCCCAUCUCUUUCCUCCGCAUCACCAUCCCUAAAAACCCUUUCCCAACAGCAAGGCCGUGUCCCACAAGGCCACGCACAGAUAUCUUUUGCAGCCAACCCAAAACCAUCAGCUGCACCUCAAGGGCAAUCAGCUCCUAAUGUUACCCAAUCACCUUCUCCUCCUGUGGUAGUUGGCUCUCCAACAACUUCGUCAAUUUCUAAAAGUGCUGGUGGGAGCCCAAGGACAACUUCCACUUCCACAAGUAACAAAGGAGCGCAAUCAUCUACGCUGUCAUCUCAGCAGGGCAAGAACUCCUCGUCAGUGCCUGCACAAAAAUCAUCUCCAGUUGGUGGGAAAAAUAUUCCUUCAAUUCUUGGCCAUCCCCAUAACUCCCCCUCUACAUCUAGCUCUGCUACCAAAUCUCAAUUGACACAGCAGCAGCAGCAACUACCAAAGCAUACUUUGCAGCCGGCCCAGAUGCUAUACAAUAGCAGUUAUAUGCAAGCCCAAGUUCAACAUGCUGCAAGUUCAACGCAUACAACGCCAGUAGCAAGCGGAUUUUAUUUCCAAAGACACCGCAGUGAUCAGCAGCAACAGCCACAGGGCUCAUCAGUUACCUCAGCUGGGAUGUUGUGUUCUACUGUGUCACUUCCCAACACCACCACUACCGAUCCUGCAAAGGCAGUAGCAGCUGCUGCUGCUGCUGCAGCAGCAAGCAAUAUGAAAGGUGGUGGUCUUAUCCAUGCUCAGUUUGCCGCUGCACAGUCCUCGGGGAAGCCGCAUCUUGUACCUGGGUUCCCUUAUGUUCAUGCUGUUCAGGUGAAGCCAGCGGAGCAGAAACAACCUGCUGCAGAGUAGAAACAUGUCUCCAUUACUUAACAUGGCAAGCCCCAGGCGGGAAGCUAUGGAGAGAGCAAUUAAAGCUGAACAAAAUUUGGGUGAACGAGGAUUGCAUGCCCUUUGGCAGUGAGAAGAAAUUAGAGAAAUGAUGAAUAUCGACGGAAGCAUGCAUUUCGGAUUAGAACCCAUACUUUUGAGGGAGGAAGUUGAGCCAGUGCGAAUGGUCGUUUGCAAUGUCCAUUGAUCUCCGUAUAUUUGUGUUCAUAACCUGACGAGGUUAAAUCUUCAGCUUUCCAAUUAAGUUCAAUUGGUUUGAUGUGGCAUGAGAACGGAGGACGAAGCAAAGUCAAAAGUUUGACGGAAGUUUUUUAGGGGGAAGAUAAUGGUGAAGAUUGAGGGGAGGGGAAGAGAAAAAGGAUCUACUACCUUUCUUCUUUUUGGGAUAGCAAUGGAGGAUUUUUCUUUUUCACUUAAUGUUAGAUUUUUCUUUCUUUUUCUGGGGUUCUAAUAUUAUUUUCCAGAAAGAACAGUAGACAAUCUCUUUAGAACAUAUAUAUAUAUAUGCGAUGGAGGGUGUGUAUGUAUAUGUCUGGCGCAUGUAAGGGUAAAACCCUCAGAGUUUUUUUUUUUAUUUAAAGAAUCUCUUCCUUUC